AUGAAGCUACAAAUAAAAGAUUUGUCUGUUAAAAAGAGGAGUUAUGAAUUUGGUGGUCCUUUAGGAAUUAUAGCAAUUAUUUUUGGAACUUUGUUAACUGUUUUUGAAUUAUAUCUUUUAUGUAAUGAAAAUGGGUGCAAUGUCUCUGUAAAAUAUGUUAGAAAUUCUUUUUUUUUAUUAGGAGAUUUAUGGGAUCCAAUUGCUUUUUUGAUUUAUUUUUUGUGGUGGAUUCUUUUAAUUGUUUGUUGGAUAUUUAUUCCUGGAGAUAUUAAGAAAGGAAAUUAUUUAAGUCAUGGAGUAUGUUUAAGUUAUAAGAUGAAUGGAUUUCGUAGUUUAGUUUUUGUUUUGAGUUGUUGUAUAAUAGGAUUUUAUUUGAAAGGAAUGUAUUUUUUGGAAUUUAUAUGGGAUCAUUAUCCUGGAUUGAUUACAAGCUCGUUAAUAUUUUCAGUGUUAUUUUCAUGUUAUACAUAUGGAUGUAGUUUUUUUCCAGGUCGAUAUCUUUCAGAAAAUGGUAAUACAGGAAAUUGGAUCUAUGAUUUUUAUAUGGGACGUGAAUUAAAUCCUCGUAUUGGAUCAUUUGAUAUUAAGGAAUUUGUUGAGUUAAGGCCAGGUAUUAUUCUUUGGGUCGUAUUUAAUUUAUCAUUUGCUGUUCAUCAAUAUAUUAUUUUAAAGGGACGAAUUACAGCAAGCAUGUUUCUUGUUUGUUUGUUUCAAAUAUGGUAUGCUAUUGAUUCGCUUUGGAAUGAAGAGCUUGUAUUAACUACUAUGGAUAUUGUAACUGAAGGGUUUGGAUUCAUGUUAUGUUUUGGAUCUAUUACAUGGGUUCCAUUUACUUAUUCUCUUCAAGCACGAUAUUUGGCAUUUCAUCCAGUUUACUUGAAUAAAUUUGCAAUUUUAGGGAUUUCAAUGCUUCAAUGUUUAGGCUUCUGGAUUUUUCGCAGUGCAAAUCUUCAAAAAAAUACUUUUAGAAAGAAUCCAACUGCACCAAGUAUCCAACACUUAACAUAUAUAACAACUGAAAGAGGUACUAAAUUGAUUACAAGUGGAUGGUGGGGAAAGUCUCGCCAUAUAAAUUAUUUUGGCGAUUGGCUUAUGGCAUGGGCAUGGUGUCUUCCUACAGGAUUUGAAAAUCCUAUAACUUAUUUUUAUGUUGUUUUUUUUGCUAUUUUGUUAAUACAUAGAGAGCGCCGUGAUAAUUAUAAUUGUCAUUUAAAAUAUGGCAAAGAUUGGGAAAGAUAUUGUCAUCAAGUUCCUUAUAGAAUUAUUCCAUAUGUAUAUUAG